CAGAGCUCCUCAAAUCAGCUGAAGCUGAAUCGGAGACGAUGAAAAGAUUGAUUUCGUGGGCAUUUGAAUCGACGGCGAAGAGAUUCGUUCAUUGGAAUCUUCAGGGGAAAGGUAAUCCUAGAAUCGCUCCUUCUUCCUUUAAUCUUUGCUGCGGACGACGAGCUUUUGCUAGUGGGAGUGGUGAUUACAGAGAGAUAUUGAGAAAUGGGCUGAGUGAUUUAAAGCUAGACGAUGCUGUUGGGUUGUUCGGUGACAUGGUCAAGUCUCGUCCCUUUCCUUCAAUCAUUGAAUUCAAUAAACUGUUGAGUACAAUUGCAAAGAUGAACAAGUUUGAUGUUGUCAUCUCCUUGGGGGAGAAGAUGCAGAAUCUGGGAAUUUCACAUGAUCUCUAUACUUACAAUAUUCUCAUAAACUGUUUCUGCCGGCGGUCUCAGCUCUCUCUUGCUUUAGCUAUUCUGGGAAAGAUGAUGAAACUUGGUCAUGAUCCCGAUAUAGUCACACUUAACUCGCUGCUCAAUGGUUUCUGUCACGGGAAUAGGAUUACACACGCUGUAUCUUUGGUUGGUCAAAUGGUGGAAAUGGGAUUUCAACCAGAUACCGUCACAUUUAACACUCUGAUUCAUGGGUUUUUUCUCCGCAACAAAGCUUCCGAAGCGGUGGCUUUAGUUGACCAAAUGGUUGUAAAAGGUUGUCAACCAACUCUUGUUACUUAUGGUGUGGUAGUCAAUGGAUUAUGUAAGAGAGGUGACAUUGAUUUGGCUUUAAAUCUUCUCAGGAAGAUGGAACAAGGUAAAAUAGAAGCUGAUGUUGUAAUCUACAGCACAGUCAUUGAUAGUCUUUGCAAAUAUAAACAUUUGGACGAUGCUCUCAACCUGUUCAACGAAAUGGAGAAGAAAGGAAUUAGAGCCAAUGUUGUUACCUACAACUCCCUCAUAAGCUGCCUUUGUAAUUACGGAAGUUGGAAUGAUGCCUCUCAACUACUUAGAGAUAUGAUUGACAGGAAAAUCAACCCCGAUGUAGUUACGUUCAAUGCAUUGAUCGAUGCAUUUGUGAAGGAGGGGAAGCUUCUAGAGGCUGAGAAAUUGUACGAGGAGAUGAUCAAAAGGUCUAUAGAUCCUAGUAUUGUCACGUUCAAUUCAUUGAUCAACGGGUUUUGCAUGCACGAUCGUCUUAACGAGGCCAAGCAGAUGUUUUCUUUGAUGGUUAGCAAGGAUUGCCUCCCAAACGUAGUGACAUAUAAUACUCUUAUAAAUGGAUUUUGCAAGUGUAAAAGGGUAAAGGAUGGUAUGCAACUCUUCCGCGAGAUGUCUCAAAUGGGAUUGGUUGGCAACACAAUCACUUACAACACACUUAUCCAAGGGUUUUUUCAAGCUGGCGACUGUGAUUAUGCCCAAAUGGUAUUCAAACAGAUGGUUUCUGAUCGUGUGCCUGCCAGUCUUAUGACGUACAACAUCUUAUUAGAUGGGCUUUGUAAUUACGGGAAGCUAGAGACAGCAUUGGUCAUAUUCAAGGACAUGCAAAAGAGUGAAAUGGAACUUAAUAUCAUUACAUAUACUACUAUGAUUGAUGGGAUGUGCAAGGCUGGGAAGGUGGGAGAAGCAUGGGAUUUAUUUUGUAACCUCGGUCUUAAAGGAUUGAAGCCUAAUGUUGUAACCUACACAACAAUGAUCUCAGGAUUAUGUAGGAAAAGCUUAAUGCAAGAAGCAGAUGCCUUGUUCAGAAAAAUGAAAGAAGAUGGGAUUCUCCCAAAUAGUGGUACCUAUAAUACGCUGAUCAGGGCACAUCUAAGAGAUGGUGACAAAGCAGCAUCAGUAGAACUUAUCAAAGAAAUGAGGAGUUGCGGGUUUGCUGGAGAUGCUUCGACCUUUGGCUUGGUGACUAAUAUGUUACAUGAUGGGAGAUUGGACAAAAGCUUCCUCGAUAUGCUUUCUUAAAAACAGUUUCAUCAUACUCGAGA